UCAGCCAGAGAGCACGCUUUCUUCUCUCUCUGCUGCUGCUCUCCAUCCAUCUCUCUUUAUUUUUUUAUUCUCUCUGUCUCUCCAUCCAUCUCUCCUCCUUAAUUCCCUGUUCCCUCUCCUUUCUUUGCAUUUGCUUUUUUCCUGUUUUUCUUCACUUUUUUCCUCCUCUCCAGCGAUCUUGAACGCUCAGCACUUGUUUAGACUGGAGUUUUGUGUGACCCAAGGAAGGUUUAUUUCCUUUUUAUUUGCUACUUUGAGAGAGUUGGAGAAAGGAGCGAGGCCAGACCCUAAUCUGUGACAAUAUGAGGAGUUGAUCUCCUCUUCCAGCUUUUCUCCAGCUGUUCGUCCUGUUGUUCUUCGUUCAUUGUUUUUGUUUUUUUACUGCAACACCUGGAAUGCUUAAUGUGGACUGAUGGAUGUUUCUGAACUGUGCAUCCCAGAUCCCCUCUGCUACCACAACCAGUUGCUGACCAGAAUGCCCACUGACGACCGACAUCUACCCUCCAGCUGUGGUUCUUACGUCAAAACUGAGCCCUCCAGUCCGUCCUCCUCACUCGUGGACACCGGCAGCCAUCACAGUCCCAGCGGCAACUCAGACGCCAGUAGCGGCUACAUUAACGGCAGUGGCGGGCGCUCCCACAUCUUAGACUCACCUCCAAUGUUCAACCCGGGAAUGCUCGGUGGCGGCAGUGCGUGCUUACGCCGUUAUGAGGAGUGCUCCGGCAGCAUGGCGGACGACUCGCCAAUUAAGUGCGAGUACAUGCUCAAUGCCAUUCCCAAGAGGCUUUGCCUGGUGUGUGGCGACAUUGCCUCAGGGUACCACUACGGCGUCGCCUCUUGUGAGGCCUGCAAAGCCUUUUUUAAAAGGACGAUACAAGGAAACAUUGAGUACAGCUGUCCGGCAACCAAUGAGUGUGAGAUUACCAAGAGGAGACGAAAGUCCUGCCAGGCCUGCCGUUUCAUGAAAUGUCUUAAAGUUGGCAUGUUGAAGGAAGGCGUUCGUCUGGACCGGGUGAGAGGCGGGAGACAGAAGUAUAAACGGAGGUUGGAUGCUGAGAAUGGAUCCUACCUCGGCCUCACCCUCCCUCCCCCAGCCAAAAAGCCCUUGACAAAGAUUGUUUCGCAUCUCUUGGUGGUGGAGCCGGAGAAGAUCUACGCCAUGCCGGACCCGACCAUGCCCGACGGCGACAUCAAGGCCUUGACCACCCUGUGCGACCUGGCUGACCGCGAGCUUGUGGUCAUCAUCGGCUGGGCCAAACAUAUCCCAGGUUUUUCUACACUGUCCCUGGCAGAUCAGAUGAGUCUCCUGCAGAGCGCCUGGAUGGAGAUCCUGGUGCUGAGCAUUGUGUUUCGCUCGCUGCCCUGCGAGGACGAGAUUGUAUACGCAGAGGACUAUGUGGUAGACGAGGAGCAGGCGAGGAUCUCGGGCCUGCUGGAUCUUCACGUCGCCAUCCUGCCGCUGGUGCGACGCUACAAGAAGCUGCGCAUGGAGAAGGAGGAGUUUGUCACGCUCAAAGCUAUCGCGCUUGCCAACUCUGACUCCAUGCACAUAGAGAGCGUCGAAGCCGUCCAAAGGCUCCAAGACUCUCUGCAUGAGGCUCUGCAGGACUACGAGGGAUCCCAGCACCCAGAGGACCCCCGACGGGCAGGCAAGCUGUUGAUGACCCUGCCUCUGCUCCGUCAAACCGCCACAAAGGCUGUUCAGCACUUCUACAGCAUUAAAAUGCAGGGCAAAGUUCCCAUGCACAAACUAUUCCUCGAGAUGUUGGAGGCCAAAGCUUGACACCUGGAGCAGCUGCAUCAUUCAGUCAGAGACGAGCAACGGCCCAUGAGAAAUAAAGGUGGAGUGCCAAUUAACAGCCAAAGGAUGACACUUGGGCUCUGAAGUCAUUUUACCUAUUAAAAUAAUAGCAAAACUUGAAAAAUAAAAAAAUAAAUAAAAAAAAGACUUGGAAUAGUUUUAAAGAGGGUGACUUUAAAUUUGACACAAGCAGGAUGAUGAUAAUGUAUAUAGAGGUGUACAGAAAUCAGGCAACUGCGGUCUUGUUAUAACCAGAGACCCAUUGCUCUAUAUCACUUGAGUCUUCUGUGAAUUUGUUUCUUAUUUUUGUUUUAAUCUCAAAAUGAGAAAGUGAUAAUAUAAAGAACUGUACAGCAGCGUAGCCAUACUUUGUGUUCCAGUUUCUCCUCUUUUCUUAUCUCACUUGUUCCAGCAAUAGACUCGAACUGGUCGUUAUUUACACGUACUGUACAUUUUGUGAAGCCUCACUGGGUGGAAGGGAGAAUUGUUUAAGAUCCUUUCUGAACUUAUCAUCAAAGACGGUCACUUCCACGUAAUUACCUCAUAGUUGCUUCAUUGUCUUGGUAUUUUAAUCCAAUCGGUUGGUCAAAUGACAGAGGUCAGUCAGCUAUCAUUUCAACUAAACGUGUGUCUGAAUUGUUCACUCGUUCAAAUUCCUAUCAACUUCAGAGUGAGAGUUCAACAUUUAGCAAUAAAUUUUAAAUGUUCAAACUGGAAUUUCGUCCACUUUGUAUUGCAGUGGGAAUUAGGAACAUGCAACAGGCUUAUUAUGUAGUUCAACACUAAACUCUUCACUAAGCUGAUGUUAGUGUACUGUGCCCUGAGUUGACAGAGCAUGCUUAUUACUCGUCCAAAUGGCAAUACUAGCAUUCUAAUGCUAACAUCCACACCUAAUAACUGCAAUAACUAGAUUUUCCAAAUGUAGUUAUUGCACACAAGUUUGUGGAUAUGAGAGAUUAAAAAUAGCCAUGAACUUGAAUCAAUAAUUUGCUUUUUAUUAUGAGUUUGGAGAGCAGACAGUGGAAUUGGUCAGCAAGCAGACCGCUCUAGUAGGAGACUACGUACUAUUUUUGAAGUUCGCUGCAGUGGAAAGACAACACAAAGGCAUUCCGUGCUCCUCUUUUGUAAAUUGUCCUGAAUUCCCGAGUUUUUUGAAAACUUCAAGCUCAUAUACUCUAAAUCCUCAUUAGUUUUGUGUUUUUUUAUAUAUCGAAAAAAUAUCAACAUAUGCCCAAAAUGCUUGGAGGUUUGUGAAGUCAUUUUUGUAAGGUAAAUGUGAAACUUUUCUUGCAAAAUCUACACAAAAGACUUAUUAUUAUUUAAAACUCAUAAAACCCAGCUGCAUUUCAUCCAAGCAUAACUUUCCAAUGGAAAGUUUCCAAACUGUAUAUUUCUUACAAAUCUGAAAAAAGUUGCAUAAGUGUACGUGAAAACCAAUGAUAACCACAUAGCUUUUAAUGAAUAAUAUAACUUGUGUACUGAAGCUACUGUUAACUGUUAAUAGUCUAUGUUUGAGCAACCUGUCAGUGUUGUGGAAAUAUUCCAAAAUGCACACUGUAUUCUCAUAAUCACUAGUUGACACCACAAAAUUAGUGACAGAACGAGUGAACAUUUCAUUCACAGCAGAAAUGUUUGCACUUAUGUGACACAAAAUGGGUACUGGCUAUUGUUUAGUUAUUUUUAGGAAACUGCACUUCUUCCCCGUUCUUUCUGUGCUGACACUGGAAACUAAACAUGCUGUGAAACCAACUCAACAAUGAUAAGCUAUAUCUUGUACUGAUGAAAGUGUUUUUUUUUUUUGUUUUUUUUUAAAUCAUGUAAUUAUCAACCGAUACAACAGGAAGGUCAUGCUAUAGAUACCAACUUUGUGAGGAUUUUAGGUUUUUAGGUGCUUGUUUGACGCUAUGCUAGUUUUUAAGGUUUUUAAUUUUAGACAGCAUUGUAAUUGGUCCCAUUUAUUUAUAGAAGUUUUGUAUUUAAAGUUCCAUCUGUAUUUGUUUAACUCUGAAACUUGGUCUCACUGAUAUUGAUUUUGCCUUGAAGCUCUUUAGCCAUCAUCUAAUGAGGCUAAUAUUUUGCAGAAGCUAUCAGAGAAGCUACCAAACAUCAAGAUGGCAAACUUAUGACAUUUGGUCUUCUGUGCAAGUAAUUGUUUUACUUCAACACUUUUUGAUUCUUUGAGGUGAAAGUGCGUUCUCAUGCGAACACCUAUUAAUCUGAAUUGUUUUUUAGCUUAGAUAAUAUGGCGAAUUCAAGGAAAGUCACAUUUUGUUUAUUAAAUCCUGCAAUUAGCAUCCAAGUAAAACAUUCAGCGGCUAGACUUCUUGACUUUUCUGGGAGCGUGGUUUAACAGUUUUUUUGGUUUGUUUUGUUGUUUUUUUUGUUCUUGUUUUGUUUUUUGUUUUUGUUUUUUCAAUUUUACCAUAACCAGUGGUCUUGGGGAUUUUAUUUAGCUUAUAAUGUGCUCCUUGAAUCCCAACGGAAAUCAGACUGCUCAUGAAAUUCUUGCAGAUUCAUAACUAAAUAAGAAUAAAUUAUCAGCAGCAUUAAUACUUGAUACUCUACUUUUUGGUUGAAGGGAUUUUUAACAACCGAAGUAAUUUUUUGACUAUUGUUACAAUAUAAAACUUAUUUUCUCUCCAAAUGUGGGUCACAGGGUAAAAUGUUGAAGCUCAGCUUAAACUUUGAAGAGACUUACACUUUCUUGUAAUUUUUUAAGUCACAUCUAAGUUUGAAUAUUUUUCAUCAUUUUGGAUAACACAAGAUAUGGUACCUCAUUACAACUGUAACAAUGUAGUGUGCGUCAUUACAGCUCACUGACAUUUAGCAUAUUUGUUUUUUAAUGGCGGUGCUAAACAUUCAGAACCAACACUUAAAGUGAAACAUGAGUAUAAUCCACAAUUAAUCAUAGGUUUUAAGAACGUAGGAUCUGCCAGAUGCAAACUAGUUACCAAAGGAUACUGUUCAUUUUGCGUCUUCACCAGUUUUACAGUUUUGUUAUUUGAAUAUAUGACUUUUUUGGAUCUGAAGAGAAAAUAUCUUGUAACAACCGACUAGUGGAUGCUUUGGAUAAACGUAGAAAAUAAAGGAUUCAAAGUAAUUUUGCAUAUACUCUAAAUAAAUUUGGAGUGACUCCAAUAAACUAAAAUGGGGAUCAUAGUUAUUAGACUUUAAUCAUUAGAUAAAGUUAAAUUGAAUUGGAAGAGAUUAAAAUGAAAAAAAAAAUCAUUUUAAGUCAGCAUAAAAUAAAUAAAAUGCAUUUAACUAUUGUUCUUGCUGAUUUAUGAUAUGUCUAUUUUUAUUUCAACUUUAUUUAUGUCCCAAAUUCGUCUACUUAACAUUCAGCUACUUAUCUACAAAGAGAAAUGAAAUGAUAUGCACUGGUUACAUACAUAAGACCACAGGUAGAGAGUAUCGGUAGGGUGAAAGGAAAUGGUAAGAGGUUGUUAAAUGGAAAUAUGAACUGGUGAAGGGGCAAACUGACAUGAGUUGACUCUAAAUUAUUUAAAGACAGUACCAAGCAUAUCAUAAUAUUGUCUCAGAUGAUGACAUAUUUCUUACAGGUUUGUUGAUCUAAGCAGGUAAGAAGGAACAUUUAACCAACAUGUGUCAAUAAUAAGAGGACAGGUUACUCAGUAGCUUUUAGGGAUUUAGUGAGAAAAAUAUAAAUUCCACACAAAGGCUAUACAAGUGGUGUCUUUUAAAAAGUCAAGUGCCAUUAGCUUCGCCCAAAAGCGAUGGAAGCAUAAGCAACUAGAAACUCAGAGGCUCUACCAGAGAGACCAUAUUAAUUAACUAGAAUAUAAUGCAUAGAUAAUUUUAACCGUGCGCUGAUGAGAAUAGUUUCCAUGGUGCAUCUCCCCAAUUGUUAGCCAGCUAAUCCAUCCCCAAGUGAAACAAGGGAUUUAUUACCUCUGAUUAGUAUCAAACCAAAGCAGAAACACAACUCGCACAACUGCGUUUAUGAAAUGAUGAGCUGUUUUCAUGUAAAUAUUUUAUUCACAACAUAAUAAUCAUGGGUAAUAGUUCAAUUCUGUUGUGUUCAUUUACUCUUAAGUUUGUGAUAGCGAAGAAGGCGCACAUCUUGGUUAACAUAAGAGAAAACUGAAGUGUAAUUGGGACAUGAGAGUAUAAUUAUUUUUCUUUUUAAUGCUAACGGCAUAAAUUACACCCCCCUCCCUCCCCAGUUCCUGUUGUUUUUGUUGUAAGGAGAACCUUUAAACCUGUUGUGACAGAAAAAAAGGUCAUUUUAAAUUUUCCCCAUUCACAAAUUAAUGUGAUAAUUUUUUUUUUUUUUUAAAUGCCUAAUUUAUGUUCAGACAUCUAAAACGGUUCUACAAUAUCCAAUUAAUUCUAAUUGUGUCCUAAGCUUGAAAUUCUCAAAAGAAACGGAGCAAUUAAAUUUCUGCUUUGGCUCUACUCUGGGGACGAGAGGCGUUUGAUUUUAGCUGAUGGUGGCAAGGCUUUUUCGUCUAAGUCUCUACAAAAGGCGAUUUCAUGGGUGUCUACAGUAGUUUCCUAACAGAGCAGCAGCGAUCACUGGGCUAUGCAAGGCAGUACGGCCACCUGUGCUCCUUAUGUUUGGAGCAUCAGACUGACUUGUAGUUGUGCUUUGUUUACAACUUGAACAUACUGUAUAACUGCUACGUGCAAUUCACUGUAUUAUACUGUAUCUGCUGUGCAUUGAUGUGACUAAGAUCACGUGUUCGGUUUGCCACUUUAAUGUAUUCUCAUGAGGAUUAGGAACAUAUUUACAGCCCAGUGUAUUAUACAAGUCUCUGUUUCAAGUGAAUAAUGGACGAGAUCAUUGUGUUUGUUUUAAGACGAUUUUGUUUUUUUCUGUAUGUUUUUUUUUUUGUCUCUCGGUUUCUCCGUGUGUUUUUGGUUAUCAGCAAAGCAGGACGAGCGGCGACUAAAGUCGUCUAGACCCUAUACCUCAAUUCAUAUUUUGAAAAUUACACUGGGCUUGGAAGCGGGCCAUGGGAUUCUCCUGGGAGUCAGUGGCACAGAAAUAAAGUGACAUCACCGGCUGGGUAUUAAAAAAAAUGUAGAUGAAGUUACCGCAAUUGGUGGUGGGGGGAGGAGGCGCACAUUCCUCGGAGGAAAGCUACUUAUUCGUUGCUCCAUUUGCGGACUUACCUCAUCUCCAUGCACUCCGAGAUGACGAGAUUUACAUAAAACAUGGAGGAACCUCCCCGGCCGAUCUGUUCCACGGUGUAAAGAGGAACCUGCUAGGUGUGCGCACCACAGACUAGUGAUUACCCAAGAGGUUUCUCUCCCUCUUCAAAAGCAAUAUGUUUGCAUUUGUGAUAUAUGAAUCAAGUUAAAAGGGAGCUUUGGUUCAUUGUAAUUACAAACUUUCUUCAUGCUUGAAGGGGGGGGGCAGGCUAACUAUGUGCACUGUUCUGUGAAGAAAAGAAAAUGGGGGGGGGGGAAUGGAAAUAAGCCAAAACACAGCUGGGAUUCACUGGACAGGACUGUGUGGCAUUUUCAUGUUUUGUUUGUUGUAUUUAUGCCUACUGUAUCCAUGUGUAAAUAAAUGCUUUUGUGGGGGAGUAGGGCAGCCAGAUCUAACAAUGCACUGAAUGUACAGUGACAAUAAAAAACACAAUUUAUGAAA